AUGAUGGCCGCUCGUACUAGCUCGCUCCUGUGGUCGUACCUGUUCGCGCUGAUGGUGAUUGGCCCCGGAAUCGGAUUGACCUUCCUCCCGGAGGCGACGUGCGCCGCGUUCAACCUCACUUCCAUCACCUCGUCGACGCUACACCUCUCGCGUCUCAUCGGCGUCCGAAACAUCGUCUUUGGGGUCAUGCUCUUGGCCACGCCUCGUGGAAGCACCGAGUACAGGACGACGGUCAAACUCGUCGCGCUUACCGAGGCGCUCGAUGUGGGCAUCGGGUACCUCAGCUAUCACCACGGCGACAUGGCCGCCAACGAUGCGAUCCAGAGUAGUGCCGCAGCUGGUGUCACGGCUCUGAUUGGCUGGAAAGCAUUCCAAGCUUGA